GAAAGACAAAGGGUUAAUAUCAUAUCUUAUUAUUGCUGCUACAAUUGGCUAAGCAACGCAAACGAAUAGUAGGGCUCAUCCGUUUAAGUUACCCGCAAAAAAUCAAGGAUGGCGAUGUCUAAUUCAAAGGACACAUUCGUCCUAAUGGCAACCAACGUUAAAUUGUGCAAGUUUUGUGGGCUUUGGGGUGGCAAAGAUAACCUUUCCCACGACAAGAGACCUAUACUGUUCUCAUUUUGCCUAAUUUUGUGGUACAUCGUGCCAAGCGUGACGUUCAUGAUCGGAGAAGAACCAUCCUUCAUUGUGCUGAUGAAACCCAUUUUGGAGUUUUUCGCCAUCACGAUGUUCGUUCUCCGAAUUGCAAACCACGUAAUGCACCGGGAAACGUUGUACGAGUGUUAUUGGGAUUUACAGCAAGCGUACGAUCGCUUUGCGGGAUAUCUAUAUGAAGACGUUGGAAGUAUCGUGCGUCAUGUGCGACGUUCGGCGGAGCUAUUGACCAAGAUAUACUUUUCCGUGGUUUACUUUCAAGCGUCAACGUAUGGCAUGGUACCGGCCAUCACUACAAUCGUUAGGUAUUCGUUCGGCAAUGGGACCGUUGAGUUACCAUCCACUGUAUUGGAAGCUGAUUUCAUAGUGAUCAAACACAAGGCUAACUUUUGGACGUGGUUACCGACAAUGAUCAUAUCCGUCACCGUGCAAUACGGUAUGCUUACCAUGAUGUCGUCGAAUGAGUGCCUCUUCUGGAAUCUGCUGCACCAUGUGUCCUGUUUGUUCAAAAUUGUACGACAGGAAAUCGGACGCCUCAACGAAUGCAAAAAUCCAGUAUUGUUCAAGUUGCAACUUGCUACCAUUGUUGAACUGCACGAGGUGUGCUACAGAAGUGCCCGUCGUUUGGAAAGAGUGCUGAGUCCGGCAAUGGCGUUACUGUAUUGUUCGUGCAUCUUUCAAACCUGCUACAUCAUGUUCGUCGUCAGCGUGAUCGAUGAUUUAUUUCUGCUUGCGUCGAUGGCAUUCGUCCUGCAGUAUACUGUAUUUCUCAUACUUUCGUUUUCAAUGCUGGGAACGGAGCUAAUGGAUGCGAGUUCUUCCAUUUCCAAUGCCAUCUACAACACCAAAUGGUACGAAUGGCCGGCUCCCCAACGGCGCCUUGUAUUCUUCAUGCUGAUGAGAUCCGACCGCGUGGUGGCCAUUAGCGCGGCUAAGUUUUUCCACCUUAGCAGAUCCACUUUCGGGGUGGUAAGCAGACCAAUGGAUGAUACAAUAAUUUCAUAUGGUUGAUUGAUUGAUUGGUGAUAAUUGUUUUACAGGCCAUGAAGACGGCGUUCUCCUACUUCACCCUCAUGCAACGGUUCCUUGGAGAGGGACAGAAUGGUGGUCGUUGAUGAUGUGGGAGUUGUGCAUCGUUGCAAUCCACAGUGUUAUUCAACACUACAAGUCAUAAAUACAGUAUCGGACAAUAAAAAUGCACCGAAGCCGUUUUCCCUUAAAAACUUGUCAACUUUAGAUUGCCAUAUCUCAGUUAUUUCUCAACCGAUUGAUUUCAUUAUUCUGUGACAAAUUGCAUAACAUUUAAAUUAUUAAAAACUAUUGAAAACAUCGGUAAUAACUAUUAUUAAAAAAAAGUUACAGAUAGGAUGAAUUUUGACAAUAAAAAUGCAUCAAGACAUUACAUUUUAUAGCACAAAAUGGUUACGUCAUAUCAUUAUGGUGUCUUCGGCAAAUAUGUUUCUUGUGUGAUGACGAAUAAAUUUUCUGAAGAGACCAACAUGAUUAGACUUCAGCAUUUUUUGGUGUGGCAUUUUUUAUCUUGGUGCAUUUUUAUUGUCAAAAUACAACCGUCUGUAACUAUUGCAUCAAUAGUUAUCACUGAACUUUUUCAAUAGUUUUUAAAAAUUGAAAUGUUUUGUAGUUCGUCACAGAAAAAUGAAAACAUUCGGUUGAGAAAUAACUGAGAUAUGGCAAUCUAAUGUUGACUACAAAGUUUGUAUGGGAAAAAUGGCUUUGGUGCAUUUUUAUUGUCCGAUACUGUAAGUAAGGACUCGCUUGAAAAAGUAUUGGAACACUAUGUUGAUUAUUGCUUCACUUUGAUAAA